UUUUCAUUUUGCUGUAAAAGGAAAAGGGCAAUCGAUAAACAGAUUGAAGUCGGACCUCCCAAGCUGCUCUACUUGUACUACUACUACAGUUGAUUCUGUGUUUCAUAGUUGUCAGAUCUGAUACCUUCGUCGAAUCGAAGUCUCAAACAUCACUUGUUUCACUCAAAUACAAUCGUUGUUGGCAUCGAAAACGUUGAAUUACACGCGCAAUGGAUGCAUUGAGAAAGCAAGCGACCAAACUCAGAGAACAAGUCGCCAAACAACAACAGGCUGUAAUAAAGCAGUUUAGUGGGACCAGUUAUGAAAGUUCUGAUGUGAUGGUCAUUGAUGAGGUUGAAAUGCAAAGACAUCAACAGUUAGAGAAAUUUUACAGGUCUACUCGUGCAGGAAAGGAUUUUCAGAAAGAUAUUAUUAAAGCAGCAGAAGCAUUUACGGCCAUAGGGUACAAGAAUAUUGAAGCAGGAACCAAGUUGUCUGAGGAUUGUUUCAGAUAUGGAGUUGAGAACGUUGAUGACAAGAGUCUAGCUAAGGCUGCAUCUCUAUAUGGCGAUACCCGGAAACAUAUGGAACAGGAACAAGAAGACUUUAAUAGGCAAUUAUUUUCUCAGAUUUUAGAACCAUUGAGAGCAAUGGUAACUGGGGCUCCUUUGGAGGAUGCUCGUCAUCUUGCUCAACGUUAUAGUCGAAUGAGACAAGAAGCAGAGACACAGGCAGCAGAGGUUUCUAGAAGACAUGCUCGAGUAAGGGAAGCUCCCAUUCCUGAAAAUGUGGCAAAGUUUCAUGCAGCAGAAUCUAAAAUGCAUGAAUUGAAAGCAAAUAUGGCAGUACUGGGUAAGGAAGCCGCAACUGCAUUGGCUUCUGUAGAAUCACAGCAGCAAAGGUUGACAUUCCAGAGGCUUGUUUCAUUGGUUGAAGGUGAAAAAUCAUAUCAUGAAAGAAUAGCUACCAUUCUUGGUGGGGUUGAAGCUGAGAUGGUCUCAGAGAAACAACGAAAAGAGUCUGCUCCUCCUGUAAUUCCAUCCACCUACAGCUUAGAGAAAACAAAGUACUUCUUGGCUGAGGCAAUGCAUGCUUUUGAUGCUGCAUCCGAGAAGGAACUGAGUUUGGCAGUUGAUGAUUAUGUUGUUGUACGGAAGGUGAGCCUAUCGGGAUGGUCAGAAGGAGAAUGCAGAGGUAAAGCAGGCUGGUUUCCAUCAGAACAUGUGGAGAAACGCCUGAGGAUUCCCACCAGUAGUGCAUCUGCUCAAGUUUUUUGAGCUGUGGUAAUGAUGCACAUGCAUACGAGUUGAGAAAGAAGCUUCGGGGUUUGGAUCAGAAGGAUAGGUCACUUGCGAUGUACUAUGCUGAGUUAAGUAGCUUGUGGCAGGAACUGGAUUAUUAUCAGAGUUUUCAGGCUGUGUGUUCCAAGAAUGCCAUUUUAUUUCAGCAUACUAUGGAGAAAGAGAGUGUGCAUGACUUCCUUGCUGGCCUUAACUUAGAAUAUGAUCAGAUUUGCGUUCAAGUGUUGGGGCGUUCUCCUUUUCCCACCUUAUGCGAGGCCUAUGCUCUUGUUCAGCAAGAGGAAAGUCAAUGUAGUGAUAUGGUUCAUUCCUUUGUUCAAGAUCGUUCUGUUUUGGCUGUUGCUCCAUCCACCCGUGAUCCUAAGCCUAGUCUAGUUCCGUUUGUUGGUAUGGGCCUCUUGGUUGAUCAGGAUCGUUUAAAGUGUGAUUAUUGUGGGAAAGAUUGACAUGAUCGCGAGCAUUGUUGGAAAUUGAAUGGUCGCCCUACUCAGGGUUGUGGUUGUGAUAGUACAGCUCGUCCACAAGCGCGUGUCUGAGAUUGCUACUAGUACCUCUGGGGAGCCCAGUUCUCUCUCCCAGUUUGCGUUACACACUCUUCGGUGCUUAAUGGUUCUUCUUGAUUCUCCAUCUACCACAGUUCCUUCCUCUUCUGCUUCUUUCAAUUUUGCCCACACAGGUAUUCCUACUAAUGCCCUUAGUAUCUCCUAGUCGCCUUCUUGGAUUAUUGAUUCCGGUGCUAUUGAUCACAUGACAGGUGCCUCUAGUCUUUUCUAUUCUUAUUCUCCUUGUUUUGGGCGGGAUAAGAUUAGAGUGGCUGAUGGCACUUUAUCUUCUGUCUUUGGCAAGGGUUUUAUUCAUUGCUCAUCUUUACUUUCUUUCUUCUGUGCUUCAUGUUCCUAAUUUUUCUACCAAUUUACUUUCUGUGAGUAACCUUACUACUUGCUCUGUGACAUUUUUUCCUACUCAUUGUGUCUUUCAGGAACUGGCUACGUGGAAAACGAUCGGCAGUGGUAGAGCACAUGGUGGGCUGUACUUUCUGGAUGUUCCUCACACAUUACCGUUAUCCUCCACUCAGGCUCUUCAGUGCAUUAUUGGCUUUUCUCUCCAUUUCCUUCAUCAGUGGCAUCAUCGUUUGGGUCAUCCGUCCUAUAGUAUUUUAGAAGGCUUUUUUCUUAAUUAGUUUGAGAUUGUUUUAGGAAUAAUUUUGUUUGUGAUGCUUAUGAACUUACUAAACAUAAACAUACUUGUUAUACUUAAUUUAAUAAAAGAAAUACUUUUCCUUUUAUGCUUGUUCAUACUAAUGUGUGGAGACCUUUCCUUUCCCUUGUGGUGUCUACUUUUGGAUAUCGUUGGUUUGUCACUUUUAUUGAUUGUUAUUUCCGUGUGACUUGAGUUUAUUGCUUUGAACUAAAAGUGAGGAUUUUUUUUU